AUGGACCUACUUGGGAGCAUUUUGAGCACAAUGGACCGGCCACCGCCCGUCAGCGAGAAGGACAAGCGGGUUAGAAAAGAACACGAGGCUCAAGUGAAGAAGGCAUUGGACGAGGAACGUGACAGGCUGAAGAGCCUGAAGAAUGGCAUCGACGAGAUUAUUGACGAUUUUCUUCAAAACGCGAAUCAAACUCGUUUAAAACUCGAACCUAUGGAAAAAAUCGCGCGUAAAAUUGUGCACGAAGCUGCGGAGAAUGUUGGAUUGAUUGCUCAUACUUUUCCGAGCGAAGAAGGCAGUGAACCGCAUGUGAUGCUCUUCAAGAAAGAAGACGCCCCUUGCGACGGAGAACUCUCGUGUAUCCGCUCUGGUCGCCCAUGGAAUCCUGCUGCCGCUGCGAAGCUACGUGGGUCAGCUGAUACGUACGAAAUUCCCGAGCCUCUACGACGCAACAAAUCGAAAGACACCGAACUAGACGGAUAUCGCAAGAAGUACGAAAGGAUAGUUGGGAGUGAACUUUCUGCAUCCAAAGUCACUGUUACAAAAAAUCACUACGGGUUUGUUCCCACGGAAAACAAGAAAGACAUUCGGUCGAUUGAACAAACUUUGGCGGACAUAAGAGCGAGAAGGAAAAGAAAAGCAGAAUCUUCCUCAUCUACCGAAACCCCCGCAUCUUGA